UAGUGGGAUGUUUCACCUCUAACUGUCUGUCUUUCUGCACUGUGAGAUUUGUAAUCGGGGCCAUGAGUUGGUUGGGGGAGUCACCGAAAAAGAAGAAAAUUAUUAUCGGUGUCUUGGCUGUAUCCAUUGUGACCCUCAUCCUUGGUCUUGGACUUGGUCUUGGAUUGGAUUUGCAGAGAUGUCAAAACAAAGUCGUCCCCCAUACAUCCUGUAGGAAUCGAUGUUACGAGCCCUACAAUGACGAGAGCCCCGGCUGUAGAUGUGACAUGAACUGUGAAGCCAGCAACAGCUGCUGUUAUGACUAUUACGACAUCUGCACUGUGCCCGCCGAGCAGUGGGAGUGCACGAAGCUGCGCUGUGGCGAGAAGAGGCUGACGCAGAGCAAAUGUUACUGCUCUGACGACUGCUUGUCUGCAGGAGACUGCUGCACAAACUACAAACAUGUCUGCCAUGGAGAGAAAGAGUGGGUGGAGGACCAGUGUGAUGACCUGUUGACCCCCACAUGUCCACCAGGCUUUAAACGCCAGCCGCUGCUCCUUGUCUCUUUGGAUGGACUUCGGGCUGAGUACCUGCAAACAUGGAGCACUCUCAUUCCUGUUCUGGACAAACUCAAGAAGUGUGGAACCUCGGCACCAUACAUGCAGGCAGCAUUUCCCAGCAAGACGUUCCCUAAUCACUAUACCAUUGUCACGGGUCUCUACCCAGAGUCCAAUGGUUUGAUUGACAACACGAUGUACGACCCGGUGUUUGACGCCACCUUCAGUCUGUCCAGUCCAGAGAAAGACAACCCUGAGUGGUACCUCGGACAGCCUAUUUGGCACACAGCAAAACACCAGGGGCUGAAGUCUGGGACUUUCUUCUGGCCAGGAUCAGACGUCAAAAUCAACGGAAGUUUUCCCGACAUCUACAAACCUUACAAUGGUAAAGUGCCAUUUGAGGAAAGAGUAUUCACUUUGCUCAAAUGGCUUCAGCUGCCAGAUGAUGAAAGACCAGACUUCUACACAUUAUAUCUGGAGGAACCCGAUAAAUCUGGACACAACUACGGUCCUGUGAGUGGAGGGCUGAUUGAAGCAAUCCAGGGUGUGGAUAAGAUCAUUGGCCAUCUUAUGAAUGGCCUGAAGCAGAUUGGCCUCCACCGCUGUCUCAACAUCAUCAUCGUGGCAGAUCAUGGUAUGGAGGACACAAGUUGCAACAGGAAGGAGGUGCUGCAGGAGCUGGUGGGAGACGUCAAGAACUACUGGGUCACUGAAGGAACAUUCGGGCGCAUCAGAGCCAAAAACAACGAAACAAUUUUGGAUUCGGCCGGACUCAUUGCUAACAUGACUUGUAAGAAGCCUGACCAAAAGAUCAAGCCAUACCUGAAGGCCAACCUGCCAAAGCGCCUCCACUUUGCAAACAGCCGUCGCAUUGAAGAUGUUAACGUCCUGGUUGAUCCAAAAUGGCUGUUUGAGAGAUACCCAGGAUCUCUCACAUUCUGCUCUGGUGGGGCCCACGGCUAUGACAACGACGUUGAGACCAUGCAUGCAAUGUUUGUCAGUUAUGGCCCCAAGUUCCUGUACAAAACAGAAAUGGAACCCUUUUCCAAUAUUGAGCUGUACAAUCUUAUGUGUGACGUGAUGCAGAUCUCUCCUGCUGAAAACAACGGGACCCAUGGCAGUUUGAACCACAUCCUGAGGCAGCCCUACUACACACCAGUGCCUCCUGCAGAACAGAGCAGGCCAGUUCAGUGUCCGUUGAUCAGCCUCAAACCUGCAGACGCCCUGGGAUGCUCCUGUCCUGCCCUGAGUGAUAAUACUGUCAACAGCCGUCUGAAUCUGACAGCAGCAGAAGUGUCCGCUGCAGACAAGAAGCACAUGCUGUUUGGCCGCCCACGAAUGCUGCAGCCUGACCGGAGUUACUGUAUCCUACAUCAGGAGGGCUUCAUCAGCGCCUACAGCCACGAUGCCCUGAUGCCUCUGUGGAGCUCCUUCACUAUUGAUAAGCCUAUGAACUUGGACCCAUUGCCACCAGCGACGCCAAACUGUUUGAGGGCUGAUAUCAGACUCCCAGCAUCCCAGAGUCCCAGAUGUGACCAGUACAACACUGCAAGGAACCUGACCCAUGCCUUCCUGUACUCACCCAAUCUGAAUGAAACAGCAGAGCAGCAGUACGAUGCUCUACUGAUGAGUAAUGUGGUGCCAAUGUACCCUGAAUUUAAGAAGAUCUGGGACUACUUUCACAGGAUCCUAUUGAAGAAAUAUGCCUCUGUUUACAAUGGCAUUAACGUGGUGACGGGCCCCGCAUUCGAUUUCAACUAUGAUGGCCGAUUUGACACUCCAGAGCAGAUCCAAGAGUUUAUGCCUGGCACGAACAUCUCCAUUCCCACACACUACUUUGCUUUGCUGACCAGCUGCAGGGACUCAGCCCUACCAGUUACCGCCUGCGUUGGCGAGCUGCAGACUGUAUCCUUCCUGCUGCCUCACAGACCCAACAACUCAGAAAGCUGCAAAAGUACACAACCCGAAUCUCACUGGGUUGAAGAUCUCAUGUGGUUCCAUCAGUCACGAGUCAGAGAUGUUGAGUGGAUCACAGGAUUGGACUUUUACCAGGACAGCAAUCGACCAGUCCCAGAGCUGUUGAGGAUGAAGACCCGCCCCACAGCUGCCAUUCACAGAAAACAGUGAAAUCACUCUUCCCCACAAGAAGAAAUCACCAACAUCAAUAUUCAGUAGCUAUUAAAGUAUUGUACUAUUCUGUGUGUAGUCUUAAAUGGUGUCAUCACUUUGUCAACACUGGACUAAAGGUACCUGUUAUCUAACAGAGUGACAUUGUUUAUUUAUUUACUUCUCAGUUUAAAAGUGUACUAUUUAAUCUAUUCUGGUGAUUUUAUCCUGUUGAUUUUAUUAUAAUACAUAUUUAGAGGUUGUUUCAUGCAAAGCCCAAAUAAGAUGAGCCAACACAGGUAUUUAAGGAGCAAAAUUUGAGCAAAUCUUUGUUGACCUUGUGGUCUUUUAGAGCCAUUAUACUACAGAACAUUCUACAGUAAAUGUGAUCAAACACUU